ACAUUAUAAUAAUGGUUUCAUGUGAGCAAUAAGAAAAAAAAAAUUCAUCUCAUUUAAUUUUUGUUUAACUUUUAUCUUUUUGAGUUAAAAAUUAUAAUCUUUCUCACUUUGAAAUCAAUAAUCCCUCUCUAAUAUUUCUUCACUCUUAUCAAAAAGUUAACACUUUUAUGCUGACUUGAGGAUGCCACAUCACACUUAUAAAUCACUGCAACCCAUCGUUCCCUGCUUUCUGGCGACGAAGAAAAGAGAGAACGCCGGCGACACGCCUCUCUAUGACGUACCAAACCUAACCUCCCCCAAAACGAUCAAAUGCACACCAAAAAUCGGUUACCCAGCAGCGGUCACAACACCCCGUCCCCACCAUCGUCGCCUUUCCGCUCUCCCAGGUACCGCCACGGUCGUUCUUUCAAGGGGGCCCGCAUUAGUCCCUUCCCGCCCUGUCGGUCUCCUGCCCACCGGCUUGCCUGGUUGUUUCUCUCUGUUCUCCUCCGCCGCCAGGGAAUAUUCCUCUUCGCACCUCUUAUUUACAUCUCCGGUAUGCUUCUUUACAUGGGCACUGUUGCUUUCGAUGCCGCUCCCAUUAUUACGCAACACCCUGCACCCGGUUCCAUCUACAGGAGUCCCCAGUUGUAUGUCAAGCUCCGACCAGAGAUGGAUGCGGAUAAUUCAUCUGCUGAUGCGAUUUCAACCAUAUGGAAAAAAUCAUAUAAAGGUGAUGAGUGGAGACCAUGUGUAAACAAGUCUUCUGGAGGUCUACCUAAAUCAAAUGGUUACAUAUAUGUUGAGGCAAAUGGUGGACUGAGGCAAAUGGUGGACUAAAUCAACAGAGGACAUCGAUAUGCAAUGCAGUUGCGGUGGCAGGCUACCUUAAUGCGACACUUGUGAUCCCAAAUUUUCAUUACCAUAGCAUAUGGAAAGAUCCUAGCAAGUUCAGAGAUAUUUAUGAUGAGGAGUAUUUCAUCAGUACAUUGGCAAAUGAUGUUCGGGUUGUUAAUAAGAUUCCUGAAUACAUAAUGGAACGGUUUGACCACAAUGUGACCAAUGUCUACAAUUUUAGAGUUAAAGCAUGGUCAUCUAUUCAGUAUUAUAAGGAUGCUGUCUUACCAAAGCUUCUUGAAGAAAAGCUCAUUAGGAUUUCUCCUUUUGCAAACCGAUUAUCUUUUGAUGCUCCUCCACCUGUCCAGAGACUUAGGUGCUUGGCAAAUUAUGAAGCGUUACAUUUUUCAGGUCCUAUAUUAAUUCUUGGAGAAACUUUGGUUGCAAGAAUGAAAGAGCAAAGUGCAAACAGUGGUGGCAAGUAUGUUUCUGUGCAUCUUCGCUUUGAGGAGGAUAUGGUUGCUUUUUCUUGCUGUGUAUUUGAUGGUGGAGAGCAAGAAAAAGAAGACAUGAAAGCAGCAAGGGAGAGAGGAUGGAAAGGGAAAUUUACAAAA